GCAGGGUGACGCAACUUGGACUCUCCGCCGCCACCUGGACCGACUUCCUUGUUUUUCCUCGGUCGCGUCAGCGGAUUCUUCCAUGCUCCCUCUCUGUCUCUCUCUCUCUCUCUCCCUCUCCUUGUUCGCUCAUCUCUCUACAAAUCCUCCUAACACUUCUCCCGAGUUGCUCCGCGGUGAGGCGAUCCCCCACCCAAGGCUGAUCUCCCGAGCUCCGCCCGCUUCUUCCUCGUCGAUCGGCGUCCGCGACUCGGAAUCGAUUCGUGAGGCUGUGGGGGCUUUGUCUACAUCACCUGAAAAAUGCAAGGGGCGACACUUGCGGUCAAAGCAAGGACGGGCUAUGGAUUGCAUAAGCUUACGGGCUUGACUGCUGGAUCCGGUGAGUACGGAGGUCGGAGGAGUUCGAAAUUGAGCGUUCGCAUGAGCGACAGGAUCGGUUGCUGUGGAUUGCGUCGCGGUUUGGUCUCGAUGGAGACCGAGCUCGCGCGCGCCAAGAUCGGCUUCGGGAGCUUGCUGCGAUCCUCGGCCAAGGCCAAAUCGGUCAGGGCUCAAGCUUCUGAAGAAGAUAUCGAGGAUGUUGCUCCUCUUAAGCCAGAGACUAAAUCUUCAGGCACAGUCUUACCUUAUGUUGGCGUGGCCUGUCUUGGAGCUAUCUUGUUUGGCUAUCAUCUAGGGGUGGUGAAUGGUGCUCUCGAGUACCUGGCAAAGGAUCUUGGAAUUGCUGAAAACACUGUCGCACAAGGGUGGAUUGUCAGCACACUUCUUGCCGGUGCCACUGUUGGUUCAUUUACUGGAGGAGCAUUGGCUGAUAAAUUUGGCAGGACAAGGACUUUUCAGUUAGAUGCAAUUCCUUUGGUCAUUGGAGCCUUUCUUUGUGCUACUGCCCAGAGUGUGCAGACUAUGAUAAUUGGUCGUUUACUUGCUGGAAUUGGAAUUGGCAUCUCUUCUGCUAUCGUGCCACUUUACAUUUCUGAGAUCUCUCCGACCGAGAUUCGUGGUGCCCUUGGAUCUGUGAACCAACUUUUCAUAUGCAUCGGGAUUCUUGCCGCACUGGUUGCUGGAUUACCCUUAGCAGGGAACCCUUUAUGGUGGAGGUCAAUGUUUGGGAUUGCACUAAUCCCUUCUGUUCUCUUGGCAUUGGGGAUGGGAUUUUCUCCAGAAAGUCCUCGAUGGCUCUUUCAGCAAGGGAAAAUUGUUGAAGCUGAAAAGGCCAUAAGGACGCUGUGUGGAAAGGAAAAGGUAGCUGAGGUUAUGCAAGAUUUAACUGCUAGUCAAAGUGGCUCUGCUGAACCAGAAGCUGGAUGGUUUGACCUCUUCAGCAGCCGCUACUGGAAAGUUGUGAGUGUUGGUGCGGCACUCUUUCUAUUUCAACAGUUGGCUGGUAUUAAUGCUGUUGUAUAUUAUUCUACAUCUGUUUUCCGAAGUGCUGGCAUUGCAUCUGAUGUUGCAGCCAGUGCUUUAGUUGGGGCAGCAAAUGUUUUAGGGACAACAGUUGCAUCCUCUUUGAUGGACAAGCAAGGGAGAAAAAGUCUUCUGAUGAUAAGCUUCACUGGAAUGGCUGCUUCCAUGUUACUUCUUUCCUUGUCCUUCACCUGGAAAGUCCUGGCACCUUAUGCUGGCCCUCUUGCAGUAGUUGGAACUGUGCUGUAUGUCUUGUCAUUCUCUCUUGGUGCUGGACCUGUUCCUGCACUGCUUCUACCAGAGAUAUUUGCCUCUAGAAUCAGAGCAAAAGCCGUCUCUUUAUCACUUGGCAUGCAUUGGAUCUCCAACUUUGUGAUCGGGUUGUUUUUCUUGAGUGUCGUGAACAAGUAUGGGAUCAGCUCAGUGUACCUGGGAUUCUCGGCUGUCUGUCUCCUUGCUGUCUUGUAUAUAGCUGGUAACGUUGUGGAAACAAAGGGGAGAUCCCUGGAGGAAAUUGAACGUGCUCUUAACCCGGCAACUUGAUCAAUGCGGACAAUUUCUUCUGUAACUACACGUCCAAGGAGAUCGUACCAGUAUGGUUACUCUCUUCUUUUCCUGCAGAUAGCAUUUCCAGUUUCAGUUAGGACUCGACCCAGGGACAUACCAGAUUCCCUUUUUCCCUUCAGAUGUUCUUUGCUGUAUCCUAAGUCAGUCGUCGAGAGGCUUUGUUUUGCUCCUUUUUUUGGGAUUGAGUGCUGACUUCUAAUUCCAGGACACAUUGUGGUGGGUUGAGAAGGAAUAAUCUGGGUCGCAGAUGACAACUUUGUUCAUCAUUGUA